AAUAGGAAAAGUUAUCACGGGAAUAAAAAAAAAAUAUAAACAAGUUUAUUAUUAGAGCGCUCAUUCGUGCUGGGUCGCACGGCCGUGAUUUGUCCGACGGCUCUGAUAUACAGAAAUACCCGUGCAAUAAACGAACAACGAACGGGAGACGUACAAAGACCGGGCGACAUCAAGCACUCGCGCCAUCCCAACAAGUCGCACAACACGGUCAUCUCUUGCGCGCAUCUUUACAACACCGGCUACCAGCUACCUUCUAAAGGCAUGGCAACGACAUCGAGAAGUAGAAGAAAGCAGGAAGAUGAGAAAAAGAACAAAAAGAAGCAAUCGCCAGUGGACGAUCGACCUACCGUCCCCUCGCCGAGCGAAGCGAUGCUUAAUAAUUUGAGGACAGCGUUCGGUCUACUGGAUAGAGACAGCGAUGGUCACGUGACACCCGCUGAACUUCAAUUUAUGUUGCGCAACCUUGGCAUAGAAGUCAGCGACGAGCUCAUAGCUGAUUUGAUCAAGGAUGCGAGCAGAACUGGCAAUGGUCUGAUAGAUGAAAAUGAAUUUAUGCAGUGGGUGACGAAGAUACAAGCGUUACAAGGGAUGGACGUUAGUACGAGUGGGGGUGAUUCAGAAGAAGAGAUCACCAGAGACUUACUAGCAGCAUUCAAGGUGUUCGAUCGUGAUGAUAACGGCUAUAUAACACGCGAUGAGCUCCGUUCAGCUCUGGAGAUGAUCGGGGAACCGGUUACAGACGCCCAGCUGAACCAGGUGUUAGCGUUGGGAGACAUAGAUCACGAUGGACGAAUCGACUACGAAGAGUUUGUAAAGAUGUUGCUGUAAUAUACCUCAAUAUAAAGACCUCACUAGAUGUAAUGGUAGGUAGUUGAAGACUUUUGUCCUCAGAGUUUUUGAAGUUGAUCCUUAGUUUUGAUUAGUUUUAUUAUAACUGGAUAUUGUCCAAAGAUUGAAUUAGGUUAAUUAAUGUAUUUUAUAGUUUUAUAGAAUAUGCUGAUAAAUAAAAGAUAUAGAUGUAAAAAGCUUCAAACGUCAUGCAUAGGUAGGUAGACGGUUUAAUUUUGUGUUAUCUGUAGCCGUAGGAAGUCAUUUAAAUUCUAAAUGAGAUUACUCUUCUAUAUAUAUAUUUUUAAUCUGUGGCGACAAAUUUUCUUGAAUACUCACACUGACUGAUAAUAAGUUAUUGUUGUUAUAAAUGAUGCCUUUUAAUUUCCUGCAUCUUUUAAAUCUUAGGUAUAAUAAAUUUUUUUAUGUAUUUAUAUGUUUUGUUAAAAAGUAAUUGUUGUGUUUAUAUGAAUUCUAAAAUUUUAAACAAAAAAAUACCUACCUAGAUAUGAACGGAUGUGGUUCUCAUAUAACAUUGUAAAUUUAUGGUUGUGAAGGAAUAUUAGAUUGAGAAAUGUUUAAAAUUAUUUAUUCUCAUAUAUUAUUUUAUGUCAUACAACUCCGAGUGCCCACAUCAAAACUUUAUUUACAAUAACAGUAGGUAUUCGUCUCAGCUAAUUUUUUGACGAUUGCAAAAGUGAAUUAUAUUAUAUUUUUGUAUGAAAUUAAAUUUCAUUUGCAUCCCACUAACAUUUUUGUAACACUAAAUAUACGUUCACGUUUGCAAUAGUAAGAUAUUUAUAGCCUUUGUAAGGCAUGUGAUGUGGAUUAUACGUGAUCAAAUAAACCAUUAAUUUAUA